AUGUGGUUGCGUAUUCAUGACUUGCCGAUGCAUUACCAAAAUGAGGCAUCAAUAUCCAAAGUCUGUUCAUCUUUUGCAAAGCCAAUCUAUAUGGACGACCCAGAGACCCAUAGGGAUAAGGGUCAUUUCGUAAGAGUUAUGGUGGAAGUAGAUGUACAGGAGGUUUUACCAGACUAUAUGAUUGUUGAUAUUCACGAUAUUGACUGUUAUAUUGAAUUGGAGUAUGAAUGGAAGCCGAUAGUGUUUGUUGAUAUGCCACAAAGAAAUCCACAAGUUGUUUCUGGAGUUUCUACUUCUAAUGCCUUUGAGUUGUUAAGUUCUAAUAAUGGUACAAAUGAGGAGAACACAGUGGAAGAGGAAGUUGUUGCUUUGAAUGAGAAGAACACAGUUGAGGAGGAAGUUGUUGCUCUGAAAGAUACUACUAAUGAUAGUAUUGUCAUAUCAUCAGAAAUUAAUGUUGCAAAGGAUACAGGUUUAUUAGAAUUUACUGAGGCAGAAAGCUCAUCUCAGGAGGAGGUUUACAUUGAAAAAUAUUUGGGAGAGACCAGCAAUGUUCCUAUAAUUGAAGAUAUAGGUGAUAUGGUUGUUAAUAUUGCAGAAUUGGCUGUGACAAUGGCAAACACUUCAACAGAAGAUUGUCAAGUUAUGACAGAUUUAUGUACCCCAGUUUCACAAGUUAUUAAGACUGUGGACUCAGUUGAGAUAUUCAAGAAUAUAUCUUAG